AUGAGUAAAGGAGGAUCAGAAACGAAUUUAUUGAGAAUAGAAGUUCUUGAAGGACAGCAUUUAUUUGUUAGAGAAAAUACAAGUGGAGAAGCUACAUUGGUUAUUUCAGUAGAAAAAGAAAAGAAGAAAAUUAAAAUAAACAGAAAAGAUAAUCCUAUUCCAGGGACACCAAAUAAUAAGAUUGAAAUAGGAAAAAUUCCAAUGGGAGAACAUGAAAUUCAAUUUUUAUUUACUGAUGCAGAAAAGAAACAACCAGCAAAACAUUAUAGAUGUAGUAUUUCAAUGACAGAAUUAUUACCAUAUAAUACUAAUCAUGUUAAAGAAUUAGAAUUUGAAAAUGAAGUUAAUAAAGAUGAUGAACAAAAACCAAUAUUUAAAAUAUCAAUGUUUUUGUUUCAACAAAGAGAUAGUAAAGCAGAUAAAGCUAUUUUAAAGAAAGCAGGGGCAUUAAUAAUUGCUACAAAUAAUUCUGAUUUAAUGUUAAUUAUGUCAGCAUUAGAAUUACCAAAAAUAGAUGUAAAUAUGUGUGAUAAAGAAGAGAAAAAUACAGCAUUACAUAUUGCAACGAUGAAAUCAACGAAUGAACAUAUUUUAUUAACAUUAUUAAAAGAUCCAAGAAUUGAUGUUAAUGUUAAAAAUAAAGAUGAUAAUACACCACUUCAUUAUUUUUGUUUAAAUUUUUCAAAUCCAAAUUGUGAAGAAGCAUUUUCAUUAUUUCAACAAAGAUCAGCUAAUAUGAAUGCAAAAAAUAAAAUUGGAGAAACACCAUUACAUAAAGCAGUAUUUAAUAAAUGUAUUAGAUUAAUUUUAGUAGAAUUAUUAUUAAAAGCAGGAGCAGAAGUUGAUGCAAGAACAAAAAAUGGAUCAACAGCAAUGCAUUAUGCAAUGUAUAUGGAAAGAACAGAUCUUAUUUCAAUAUUAUUAGAAAAUAAUGCAUCAUUAGAAAUUAAAAAUGAAAAAGGAGAAACACCAUUAUCUAUUGUUAGUAAAUCAAAAAAUCAAUCAUUUCAAAAUACAGUAAAAUAUUUUAAAGAAGUUAUUGAAUAUUUAAAAGGAAUUAAUGUUGAUACACAAGAAAUUAAAAAAUUUAUUCAUAAUAGAUUAUUUAAAUGGAAAUUAAAAGAAAUAACAGCAAAACAAUUAGAUAAAAUAGGAAUUAAAACAAUUGGAAGACAAAGAGAAUUAAUGAAAGAAUUUAAAAAAAUAGAAGAUAUUGAUCCAGCAAAAUUAAGUGAUAAAACAAUACAAAUUGAAUCAGAAGAAAAAGAAAGAGAAAAAUUAAUAAAUAAUAUAAUAUCAAGUUCUAAAUUUUUAUAUAAAGUAGAAUAUACAGAAUUAAUUGGAACAGGAACAUCAGGAAAAGUAUUUAAAGGAAUUUUAGAAGGAAAAAUAGAUGUUGCAGUUAAAACAUUAAAAGCAGGAUCAUUAAAAGAAGUUGAAGAAUUUCAACAUGAAUUUGGAGUUUUAAGUAAAUUAGAUCAUAAAAAUAUAGUAAAAUUUUAUGGAGUUUUUCAAGAUGAACAUCAAAAAAUGAUGAUGGUUAUGGAAUAUUGUGAUAAAGGAAGUUUAUAUGAUGUAUUAAGUAAAGGAGAUUUAAAAAUGAAAUUUGAAACAUUAUUUGAUUUUAGUGAACAAAUAGCUAAAGGAUUAGAAUAUCUUCAUAAUAAAAAUAUUUUACAUAGAGAUUUAAAAUCAUUAAAUAUUCUUGUUCAAACAAAAAUAAAUGAAAAUGGUCAAGAACAUUUAAUUUUAAAAAUAUGUGAUUUUGGUUUAUCUAGAUUUAAUAGUACAGAUAAUUUAAAUACUUUACAAAAAUUACGUGGUACUUAUGCUUAUUGUGCUCCUGAAAUUUAUUUUAGUCAACCUUUUACUGAUAAAUCUGAUAUUUUUAGUUAUGGAAUUAUUUUAUGGGAAAUGACUUAUAGAACAAUUCAUCAAAAAUAUCAAAGACCUUAUCAAGAAUUCCCUGAUAUUAAAUUAGAUGUUCAAAUUAUUUUAAAAUCAGCUACUUUAAAUCUUAGACCUACUAUUCCUGCUUCUACUCCUUUGUCUUUAACUAAUUUAAUUAAACAAUGUAUCAUUAAAGAACAAGAUGGAAGACCUUCUUCUACUGAUAUAUUAAUGGAUAUUACUAAAAUGAAAAAAGAAUAUGAGUGUAAUCCAUCUGCUUGGGAUACUUGUAUCAUUUCUAAUUGA